AUGGAUACCAGCACCAGGUCGAGGUUUUCGUCAAUCAGGAAAUUUGAUUCGGAUCUUACCUCCGAUUUUGACGUUUCGUUUUCCGUGGAGCCAUCUAACGACAGCAAUAGUGAUUCUCGCGAUGAAGUUCAAGAAGUUAGACAACUAGUACAAAAGGAGGAAAACGAUGCUUCCCAUUGGCGAUAUGCUAUUACCCUUCUACUCGUGCUUGUUGCAAGUGUCGUCUCAGGGCUGACAUGGCACUUUCUCAGGGAGGAAGAAUCCAAGGCUUUUGAAACUGCUGUGGAUCAAUUCUCAAAGGCCCUAGCGGAUUCUACCUACCAGCAGCAAGAAGAUAUUCGAGAAGCCUACAACUCAUUUGCUGAUACACUGUCUAAUUGGGUGGCGACAGCCGAAAAUGUGUCCUGGCCCUUUGUUACAUUACCACUAUUUGAGAGCUACGCGCGGCACGCUUUGAAGAUCUCUGGAACCGAAGUCUUUGCUGUGUUUCCUUUGGUAUCACACGAGAAUCGAGAGGCAUGGGUUAACUACACAAUCGCAAACUACGAAGAUAUGGUCCAGCAGGCUCAUAUGAUAGGCAAAGGAAACCUGGAAUCAUUAGUUGGCGGAGGAUUUCAUCCAUACAUUGCUCGUCCAUCGCCAAAUGGUUUCAUUGAGGAUAUCGAGCGCGACCAGUAUUUCCCAAUGUGGCAUUUCAGCCCGCCUCCAUUCACUCAUGGUGCCAUCAAUUGGAAUGUCCAAUCUGUUGACGCCUUUCGCGAUGUUGUAGAUGCUCUUUUGCUGCUGAAAAACGAGACUGUGAUAUCUCCAGUCCGUCCAUAUACAACCGCUGGCAUGUCCAUGUCCCAAGAAGAACACGAGGCUAUGCACUCAACGCUGAAGGAUUCAUCAACUGAACAUCCUCACAGUUUCGUCUACACUGCUGUGCAUGAAGAUGCUAAUGAUCGUCAGAGUCCCAUUGUUGCUGUGGUAUCUGCUGGAUCUGCUUGGGACGCGAGUCUUUACAACUUGCUUCCUGACGGGGUCAUGGGGAUGAAAGCUGUGAUCCAGAAUAACUGCGGUCAGCAAUUUACUUAUGAAAUCAAUGGACCUGAGGCCAUCUUUUUGGGGGAAGGUGAUCUACACGAACCUGAAUAUAAUGAAUACAAGUUGACGGCAGACCUCUCGUUCCACACGCACCCAGACUUUGAAACCACUCCAGGUCAUUGUCAGUUCCAAAUGCACAUCUACCCGGACAGCACUUUUGCUGACCUCUACUUCACUUGGCUGCCCACUAUCUAUGCAUGUGCUGUUGGGGCAUCAUUUCUGUUUGUAUUCUGGGCCUUCUAUGUUUACAAUGCGUUUGUCAACACGCGAAAGGAAAAGUUGAUCGGGAUGGCUGCAAGAUCCAAUGCUGUCAUUUCCUCGCUGUUCCCGGGAAAGAUUCGGGAUCAAAUUCUUGGAGAGGAGACCUCAAAUAGCAACCCUCGCAGCUUUGAGGAACUCCUUGGUGCUUCCGCAACUCCUGGUAUCAACACGUCGGCCCCUCUUGCUGACUACUUUGCCACUGCCACCGUCAUGUUUGCCGAUAUCUGUGGUUUUACUGCAUGGUCAUCCGUCCGAGAGCCAUCUCAAGUAUUCACUCUCCUGGAGGCUGUUUACGGAAGCUUCGAUAAGAUUUGUAAGCACACCAAGGUGUUCAAGGUCGAGACAGUUGGCGAUUGCUAUGUAGCUGCAACUGGAAUUCCAAAGUAUCAUAGAGAUCACGCGGUAUUGAUGAUUCAAUUCGCGCACCAAAUCUCUAAAGAGAUGACGAAGAUGACCCAAAUGCUGGAAACGACACUUGGCCCAGACACAUCGGAUCUGCUUCUGCGCAUUGGCAUCCAUACUGGACCUGUUACAGCUGGUGUCAUUCGAGGAGACAAGGCGCGCUUCCAGCUCUUUGGAGAUACCAUGAACGUGGCAUCUCGAAUUGAGAGCAAUGGCAUUGCCGGUCGUAUCCACAUCAGUCACGAGACAGCUGAAUGCAUUCGCAAGUGCGGUAAGGGGCAUUGGCUUGUGAAGCGUGAAGAUGGUAGUGUUGUUGCUAAAGGCAAGGGCGACAUACAGACCUACUGGAUCGGUAAGGCUGUUGAAAAUUCGAAACCCGAUUCCACUACGAAGUAUGAUACAGCCUCAGAAUCAGCAGAGAGCGAAACUUUUGAAGAGUUCGGGGUUACCGAACAACUUUGCAGUACUGAUGGGCGAGAAGAUCGUUUGGUUAACUGGAAUGUGACCGUCUUCUUGGAUAUUCUGAAACACAUUGUAGCAAGACGAAAUGCCUACAAGAAAGGUGGGUUCACCAGAAAAUUCGAACUACGAGGAGACGAUCCUGAGGUUCUGAUGAGUCUGGGCAUGAGGAAUUACAAGCCUAUCAAUGGGGUUCGUGAAAUCAUUGCUCUUCCUGAAUUCAACGACGUGGCUGAAGGUUUGAAAGAAGAUCUGCAACAUGUUGACAUACCCAAAGAUGUCAUUGAAGAGUUGCGAAACUACAUUUCGACCAUUGCUGGCCUGUAUAGAUCGAAUCCAUUCCACAACUUUGAGCAUGCCAGUCAUGUUACCAUGAGCGUCAUCAAGUUGCUGUCGCGUAUCAAGGCUCCCAGUGACUUGGAGGCGUUGGAAGGUCGUGAAAGUAGUGGUGAUAUGUCUCCGGACAUUCAUGCCCAAAUGCAUGAUCACACUUAUGGUAUCACUUCUGAUCCAUUGACCCAGUUUGCUUGCGCUUUCGCUGCUUUGGUCCAUGAUGUAGACCAUGAGGGAGUACCAAAUACACAGCUUGUCAAAGAGAGAGCCGGGGUUGCACUCGUCUAUGACGCGCGUAGUGUUGCUGAGCAAAACAGCUUGGUGCUCGCAUGGAACUUGUUGAUGAGCAAUCGCUUUGCAAAGUUGCGCAGUUGUAUUUGUGCUACUGCCACAGAACUAACUCGCUUCCGUGAAUUGGCAAUCAAUGGCGUCAUGGCCACUGACAUUGUUGACAAAGAGUUGAAACAAUUGCGAAAUAAUCGAUGGGACAAAGCUUUCAAACGAGAUAAUAGUUCUUUGAAUGAAGGAUUUGACGGAGAUUAUGCUGAACAAGAUCGCGAAAGCAUCAAUCGAAAGGCAACAAUUGUGAUUGAGCACUUGAUCCAAGCAUCAGAUGUUAGCCAUACCAUGCAGCAUUGGCACGUGUACCGAAAGUGGAAUGAAAAUUUGUUUAGGGAAACCUACAAAGCUUGGCAAGAAGGCCGUUGCGACUCAGAUCCAAGUAUCAACUGGUACAAGGGAGAGAUUGGAUUCUUCGACUUCUAUAUUAUUCCGCUAGCGAAGAAAUUGGAGAGUUGUGGUGUCUUUGGCAAAUCGAGCGACGAGUUUUUGAACUAUGCCAAAAGUAAUCGUGAAGAGUGGGGAAAGCGUGGUGAAUUGAUCGUUCAAGAGCUAGUGGCAAAUGCGAAGAAUGAAUUCGGUGAGAAGCGGAAGGCAUAA